CAGAAACAGGAAGCCCGUCAGAAACAGGAAACGGUCAGAGACAGGAAUCUGAUCAGAAAGAGGAAACGGGUCAGAGACGGGAAACGGGUCAGAGACAGGAAGCUGAUCAGAAACAGGAAGCUGAUCAGAGACAGGAAACGGGUCAGAGACAGGAAGCUGAUCAGAAACAGGAAAUGGGUCACAGACAGGAAGCUGAUCAGAAACAGGAAGCUGAUCAGAAACAGGAAGCUGAUCAGAGACAGGAAACGGGUCAGAGACAGGAAGCUGAUCAGAAACAGGAAAUGGGUCACAGACAGGAAGCUGAUCAGAAACAGGAAGCUGAUCAGAAACAGGAAGCUGAUCAGAAACAGGAAGCUGAUCAGAAAGAGGGAACGGGUCAGAGAGGAACCAGGUGAGUUCUGGUUCCGGUCCAAACCUUUUUCUUUUCGGGCAGCUCCUUGUACUUCUUGGAGAGGAUCUUGGUCAGGUCCAGGUUGCUCAUCUCGGGGUGGAUCUUGGCGUAUUUGGCCCGUUUCUCCAUGAAGAAGCGGAAGUAGGGCGUCAGCGGCUUCUUGGGGAAGUCUGGGUGGGUCUGGACAGCAGAGGGACAUCAGGCUCCGCCCCGUUCCGCCCGCUCCGGGUUCAGUCUGCAUGCCGAGGAGCCCACUCACCUUCAGCUUCUUGCCUUUGUACGGGUUCUUCACCAGCUCCAUGGCGUCCACGAGGAGCUCCGUCAUCGUUCGAUACUUUCGCACCUGAAACACAGAGAAGGCGUGAGGAGCAAAGACCCAGAGGCUGAGCGGAGGGCGGAGCGGGUUCUGGAGGUACCUCAGAGGACACCUUCAGCCACUUCUGGCGGCACAUGUCCCCGGUGAAGCUGCCGAAGCGGACCUUGUCCCAGUCGAAGUGCGACUCUGUGGUUUUAUACUUCAUGGCGUCUCCGUCCGGCAACAGGCUGCGGAUCCGCUCCAGCAGGGUCAGGCAGUCAUCCUUAGUCCACUCAUCUAAACAAGGAGAAGAGCGUCACGGCGCCGCCACGCCCGGCUCAGCCCGCCCCCCCCCGCCUGGCUCCGUUACCUGCUUCGGCUUUGAUCCGCACACUUUGGGCCGCAGAGACGCUGCUGCUGCCGUUCAUCCUGCAGCCAAAGGCGGCGCCUCACUGCUCUGCACAACAACACAGGAAGCUGUGAGAGCCUGAACAUCAGGAGGUUCUGAUGAAAACAACUUUAAAUAGAAAUAAUCUAAUAGAAUUCAGUGUUAAAAUGAGCAGCUAUGGAAGCCGUUCACAUCAGAUUCUAGUUCAUCAUUAGUAGAAUCAGUCAGAAAGCUGGACGAUAAAUAUGAUGGGAUUGAUAAUAAAUGAUUGAAUUAUUCAUUUCAGUAAAUCUGAAGUUAACAUGUUAAAUGAAGUAUAAAUGGCAAAAGCAAAGAAGGGCGUUGGAUUUAAUAAAAUUCAACAGAAAAAUGGAGAAAUGGGAACUAGAAGAGGUUUGGUCAGACUGGUUUAUACUGGGGGAACAGGAACGCUCAAUGGGAACACUGGGGGAGAUGAUACUAUUGACCAUGUCAUGUAAGAAAUAUGAGGACGGCAAUUCAUUCAAAAUUUAAGUAAAAGUUAAAUAGAAUUAUUUAGAAGUUUUUCAGAAGGUAACAUUUACAGGAUAAUAUUUUAAUGUCUGAAAAUAAAACAUUUCUAUAACAGAUUGAAUUCCUGAGUGUCAUUCUGCUCCACACCAGCAGAUGGCGGAAAUGCAUCUAUUGUUGUUUGCCAACCGCCACAAUAUUUAAAAAAGAAGAACUUUGGAUGAACUCAGUGGGCCCCAGAACCUCAGAACCCUGCGGUUCCUCUGACAGCCCCUCCCCAGCGCAGCCAGCAGGGGGCAGCACAGAGCGCAGCUGUUCCUGCCUGACCGCAGCGGCAGCAGCUGGAAGCUCCGCUACGCUCCGGACCGGACCGGACCGCUGGGACCGGAACCAGGAGGAGCCAUCUGGGCUUUCUGUAGACCUGGGCACCGCUGGGCACGGCACUGCACCACAGUCUGGGGGCCAUCAGGGGCCGCUCUCAGGAGCCUGCCCGGGGCCCCGCGGAUUGAGCGGGCCGCCUGGUCCUGACUGCCCCGGUAAUGGCGUUUAUCCUCCGACAGGAGUCAGCACGGAGCCCCGCUGGCAGCUCAGAGGGACCAGAGCGGACCGAUAAAUGAGGAGCCUGCAGGGCCCGCAGAGAGGAGCCUGCAGGGCCCGCAGAGAGGAGCCUGCAAGGGGCCGCAGAGAGGAGCCUGCAAGGGGCCGCAGAGAGGAGCCUGCAAGGGGCCGCAGAGAGGAGCCUGCAAGGGGCCGCAGAGAGGAGCCUGCAAGGGGCCGCAGAGAGGAGCCUGCAGGGCCCGCAGAGAGGAGCCUGCAAGGGGCGGCAGAGAGGAGCCUGCAAGGGGCCGCAGAGAGGAGCCUGCAAGGGGCCGCAGAGAGGAGCCUGCAAGGGGCCGCAGAGAGGAGCCUGCAAGGGGCCGCAGAGAGGAGCCUGCAAGGGGCCGCAGAGAGGAGCCUGCAGGGCCGCAGAGAGGAGCCUGCAAGGGGCCGCAGAGAGGAGCCUGCAAGGGGCCGCAGAGAGGAGCCUGCAAGGGGCCGCAGAGAGGAGCCUGCAAGGGGCCGCAGAGAGGAGCCUGCAAGGGGCCGCAGAGAGGAGCCUGCAAGGGGCCGCAGAGAGGAGCCUGCAAGGGGCGGCAGAGAGGAGCCUGCAGGGCCGCAGAGUCUCGGCUCUCUUCCCGCUGGUUCCCUCAUGAAUCCCCUCUAAAAUAAACUGAAAUGGGUCUAAAGCGGCCCACAGACGGACCUUCUGCGGUUCUGCUCUUAGGAUAGAGCCGCUGCUCGGAACCAGGAGCCGCUUUGGGGUCGCAGCGGGACCGAUCGUCCUCGGUCCCCCAGAAAGCCUCACUGCCAAGCCGCCAUGAAUGCUCGGAGGACUCGGGGAAAAGCGAGAAGAAAAAGGCAGGAAUCCGUUAAAAACACGAACCGGUCGCUUACCUGCUGGUUCUGCUGGAGUCCCGGUUGGGUCCCGCUCAGAACUGACCCGGUUCGGCCGGUUCCGAGCCUUUCUAGGAGCCUGUUUUUCACCCGUGAAACCCG